AACACGGCCUUCAUUUCCUACUUCAAUCCAUUUGUGUUUCAUUCUCUCUCUCUUUCUCUACUGCUUCCUCUCUGUCGUCGUCGUCACCCCCCCCCACAGAGAGGACGAUGUCCAGGUAUGGAGGUCUUCCAGGUGAGCUCCAUAUGAUAGAACUGGAGAAGAGUCCCCGUGGAGUCACGAGCACCGAGGCCCCGGGACAGGGUCUGGUUCCUGGUCUGGGUCUCAGCCUGACGGAGGACAGGGAUGGUUCCAGAACCCACCUCGGUGUCUACGUGGCCGGGGUCGACCCCCAGGGGGCGGCGGGGCGAGACGGACGGAUACGGGCGGGAGAUGAGCUACUGGAGAUCAACGGUCAGAUCCUGUAUGGUCGUAGUCACCAGAACGCUACAGCCAUCCUCAACAGGGCUCCGUCUAAAGUCCAGAUUCUCCUCACCAGGAAUAAAGUGGCUCUGGCGCAGAUGACUCAAGGACCCAUGGGUGGGGACUCCUCCUCUUCCUUCCUCCACCCCUCCAUCUCUCUCUCCUCUUCCUCCCUCCAUCCCUCCAUCCACGUCUCUUCCUCCCAUCCCCCCAUUCCUCCCCACUCCUCAGUCGGCACCGCCAGGAACGCCUCCUCCUCCUCCAGCGGGCGAUCUGAUUGGCCAACGGGCUCCGCUCUGACCCCUGACCUCCUGAGCUGUCCCAUAAUACCCGGCGUUGACAGCACCAUAGAGAUCUGUAAAGGACACUUGGGCCUGGGACUCAGCAUCGUGGGGGGGUGUGACACGCUACUGGGGGCCAUUAUAAUCCACGAGGUUAAUGAUGGAGGAGCAGCUCAGAGAGACGGGAGGCUGUGGGCUGGAGACCAGCUACUAGAGGUGAAUGGUAUAGACCUGGGCCAGGCCACCCAUGAGGAAGCUAUAGGGGUGUUGAGGCUGACCCCUCAGCGGGUGCGUCUCACGGUGUUCAGACAUCAGCAGGAGUACGGGGAGGAGGACCUGUGGGAUGUCUUCCAGCUGGAGCUCAGACUACGACCUGGACAGACCCUGGGGCUCAGCACUGUAGGGAAGAGCAACGACACCGGUGUGUUUGUGUCUGAGAUCAUUGGAGGGGGUGUGGCUGACGGAGACGGACGGCUGUUUCUAGGAGACCAGAUCCUGUCAGUCAACAGAGAGGAUGUCAGAACAGCUAUCAGGAACACGUUUUGUUACAGCAGAGAGGAUGUCAGAACAGCUACGCAGGAACACGUUACCUCACUGUUACAGAGCUGCAGUAGUGGAACAGUGAUCCUAGAAAUCGCUCGCUUCAAAGCCGCCGGCGUUCACUACUCCUGUGGAAGUCAGAGUAGUGACUCCGUCGGUAGUGACAGCUCCACCCUGACCCCGUCCACUGUGUGUGAGGUCCAGAGCCACCACCAGGGGGAGACAGAGAGGCGCCAGAGAGGACAGGACCACUUUGAAGACCACCAUGAGAUAAGGACAGUGGUGAUGCACAAGGGUCCGUGUGACUCUCUGGGUCUGAGUGUAGCUGGUGGGGUUGGUUCUCCUCAUGGAGACGUACCUCUCUUCAUCUCUACUAUGGACCCUACUGGACUGGCUGCCAGGUCACACCACAUCCAUGUAGGAGACUUCAUGGUGAGUAUUAAUGAUGUCUCCACUGAGGGGAUGAGCCACGUCCAAGCUGAGAUUUUCUGAAGUCCAUCAGUGGGACCAUCACCCUACAGGUGCUGACUACGGGGUCGGUGGAUGAGGACUGUGGAGGAGGACAGGGUCAGAGGGAUGUAGGGCUCCCCUCCACAGGGUCAGCUACCCUACACAACAACAUGAGUCCCCAGUUUUAUAGAACCAUCAGUCUGGACAGAGGAGCUCUGGGUCUCGGCUUCAGUAUAGUAGGAGGGUUCAGCAGUCCCCACGGAGACCUGCCUAUCUACGUCAAAACUGUCUUCGGAAAGGUAACUCUCUAUUUCAUUUA